GCCAUCUUGCGGGGCCGCCCGGGGACCGGACGGACCGAGCGCCGCUCCCGCCGUCUCCGCCGCCAUGGUGCUGUUGGCAGCCGCCGUGUGCACGAAGGCGGGGAAGGCCAUCGUGUCCCGGCAGUUCGUGGAGAUGACCCGCACCCGCAUCGAGGGGCUGCUGGCGGCGUUCCCAAAGCUGAUGAACACGGGGAAGCAGCACACGUUCGUGGAGACGGAGAGCGUGCGGUACGUCUACCAGCCCAUGGAGAAGCUCUACAUGGUGCUGAUCACCACCAAGAACAGCAACAUCCUGGAAGACCUGGAAACACUCCGGCUUUUCUCUAGAGUGAUCCCUGAAUAUUGUCGAGCUCUGGAGGAGAAUGAGAUCUCUGAACACUGCUUUGACCUGAUCUUUGCAUUUGAUGAAAUCGUCGCCCUGGGCUACCGCGAGAACGUAAAUCUGGCACAAAUUCGGACCUUCACUGAGAUGGACUCGCAUGAGGAAAAGGUGUUCCGGGCAGUCCGAGAGACGCAGGAACGCGAAGCAAAAGCUGAGAUGCGCCGUAAAGCCAAGGAGCUGCAGCAGGCCAGGAGGGACGCAGAGAGACACGGCAAGAAGGCACCCGGGUUUGGGGGCUUCGGCAGCUCGGCCGUGUCUGGGGGCACGACGGCAGCAAUGAUCACAGAGACCAUCAUUGAGACUGAGAAGCCCAAAGUGGCACCAGCACCAGCCAGACCUUCAGGUCCCAGUAAAGCCUUGAAGCUCGGCGCUAAGGGGAAGGAGGUGGACAACUUUGUGGACAAGCUGAAAUCAGAAGGAGAAAAUAUCAUGACUUCCGUAGGCAAGCGCUCUGCAGAAGCAGCCAAAGUUCUUGCUCCUCCUAUUAACAUGGAGAGUGUGCACAUGAAAAUAGAGGAGAAAAUCUCCUUGACUUGUGGCCGUGAUGGAGGGUUGCAGAACAUGGAGCUGCAUGGCAUGAUCAUGCUGCACAUCUCCGAUGAAAAGUUUGCACGGAUUCGCCUGCAUGUAGAAAAUGAAGACAAGAGGGGAGUGCAGCUGCAGACUCACCCAAAUGUGGACAAGAAACUCUUCACUACAGAGUCACAGAUUGGUUUGAAGAACCCAGAGAAGUCAUUCCCUAUUAACAGUGACGUGGGCGUGCUGAAGUGGAGGUUGCAGACCACGGAAGAGUCUUUCAUUCCAUUGACAAUUAACUGCUGGCCCUCAGAGAGUGGGAACAGUUGUGAUGUCAACAUUGAAUAUGAGUUGCAAGAGGACAGUCUAGAGCUGAACGAUGUGAUCAUCACCAUCCCCUUGCCGUCUGGUGUCGGUGCCCCAGUGAUUGGGGAGAUUGAUGGCGAGUAUCGCCACGACAGCCGGAGAAACCUCCUCGAGUGGUGCCUGCCAGUGAUAGAUGCCAAAAACAAGAGUGGCAGCCUGGAGUUCAGCAUAGCAGGGCAGCCAAACGACUUCUUCCCGGUGCAAGUCGCCUUCGUUUCCAAAAAGAACUAUUGCAACAUACAGGUUACCAAAGUGACCCAGGUAGACGGGAACAGCCCUGUAAGGUUUUCCACUGAAACCACCUUCCUGGUGGACAAGUACGAAAUCCUGUAAUGCUAGACGUGGGGAAGUGCAAAGGAAGAAAUUUUUUAAAUUAAAACAAAAAAAAAAGAGACCGACAUUUAUUCUGAAUGUUGGGAACGCCGCAGCCCCCUCUGCUAGGACAUGUGGCUCUGUCUGCCAUCUGCAGCGUUCCUGGGUCACAGACAUUUUUGGAAGAGAAUUGACGUGCUCGUGGGGGGAAAGGCCACAAAUUUCUUUGGCAGAUUUUUACCGGCCGGCAGAAAAGCAAGAUCUCCGCAGAGAGCCUGACUUUGAUGUGUUCCCUCCUCCCCUGGCGACGCCCGGAGCUCAGCCCCAGAGCCGACCAGACAUCGUUCCCUACCCUCCCAAAGCGUCACAUGCUGUUCCAUUGUUGGUGCUUACAUUUUGAUUUCUCCUCGUCCUCCAGCUCUCGUUUCCAUUGAGGAAAGCAGGCACUGAGAGAACGUGUGUGGGGCCGCCUGCUGCUCCGGACCCUUCCAUCUGGUGGAAGCUGAGCAAGUUGCCCUUGGCCUCAGAGGUGGGGGGAUCGUAGCAGGGGCACAGGGUGGGUAAGAGGGACCAGGGGCUUUGGUCCUUUUGCCCCACGUGGUUACUGCCGUUCCUUGAGCCCUGCUGUGCUCCGAUGGCUCAGCUCCAGGUGCUCUGGCUCCUGCUGCAGGGGAAGAGCUUCCGUAGGGGACUGUGUCCUCGCUGUCUGCCACAGCUGCUCCUGGGCCAGGCUUUGGAGGAGGUUUAGUUAGGUUAGAACCAGCUAUGUGUCCUUUGCAAGGCCCUUUUGGUGUCUGGGGAGGCAGAAGGCUUUUCCUGCCUGGGUGAAAGGAGCUGAACCUGGGUAACUCUGCCUGCUGGUCAGAACACGUCCCAAACCAGUGUUCAGCGCUGGCAGGUGGGGGAGAAGGAAACGCUGUUUUCCAGGAAAUAUGGGGGCUGAUCUGAGCUGUUCCUCCCCCCACUGCCUCACCAGCAUUAUUUGCCUCAUCUCACAGACCUGUGCUCCCUUCACAACUCAUCUCACCUGUGUGGCUGGGGCCUGUCACAAGUGUCACCUACCCCCAGGCACCCCUCAUGUCUGGCCAGAGGGCCUGAGUGUGUGUGGGGAAGGCAAAGGCCCUAGAAGUGCAUGUACUGUGCUCUGUGAGAGACAGCCAGCCUGUCAUGGGCCCCUGGGGUCCUCUGCCAAAGAAGUCCGUGGUCUCUCCUCUGCUGGCAGCACCUGAGAGAGAAAUCAACCCUGGUCCUGUCCUGGGAGGGCAAACCCUCCUCCCUAGCAAAGUAGGCAACGAAUCCCAGUAACCUGGUCCUGUUCCAGAGCUGCUUGUCUGUAUGAUUUUUAAAAUGGAGUCGAGGUUAGUUCAAGCAUCCAAGGAGCUUUUUUUUCUUACAUUCGUUGGAGGGUGAUAUUUAAACCAAGCUGAGAUCUCCCCUUUUUGUAACCCCAUAUGAUCCUGGCCUAGGGAAUAGAGCACAUUCCAGUGUACACAGAGAAUACUGAGUCUAAUCAAAUAAAGUACUGUCAAAGGA